AUGAGUAACAUCUUGCUUCAAUUUACAGAUCAUUCCAUUGAAUAUCAACCUUCAACGAAUAAGCCUUUAUAUGUCUUGUACCAUAUCAAAUGUUCUUAUAGGACCAAUAAUUCAACCACCGCUUUCUAUGCCUCGAGAGCAAACCAAGAGAGUUAUACAGUCAUUAAGAGGUAUUCCGAGUUAUUGGAAUUACAUAAAAAGAUUAUGAAACAGCUCGGAAAGAGAUCAUCAUCAUCAAGUAACAGUCCUAGAAAGGAAAAACAUGGCUCUUCACCAUCAGCAACCUUUCAAGAAGAAGGAAUUAAAUUUCCAGGAAAGUUAUUGUUUGGAAAUUUCAAGGAAGAAAAUAUUGCCAAAAGAAAAGAAGAAUUACAAAAGUAUUUUGAUUCAAUUACCUCAAAUCCAAUGAUAACACAGGAUCCAUUAUGUAGUCAAAUCAUUUACGCCUUUUUCAGAAGAAAUUUACAACGAGUGUCGCCAAAUGUUGUUUUUGGAGAAUACUAUGAAAAAAUUGUUGAAAAGGUUAAGAAAAUGGCAACACCGUUUGGUCCAAUCAGUGAACAUGAGAUGAAUGCAGUGAUGACUGUCACAAGUCAGGUCUCUAAAGGAUAUUCUGAUUCUGUGUUCCAAAAUAUUGAUCAAAUUAAGGGAUUGGAACAUUUACUUGGAAAUAGUUUGGAUAGUAUUCCGUCAAAGAGUGAUGAAGAUGAUUUGGACGAUUUAUAUCUAAUUGUUAAUAGCUCUCCCAAAGACACAUUUGAUGACGAGGAAAAGGGAAAGACAUCUAAUAAGAAUAGAAAAAGAGUGACACCAGAACCCAAGUCCAUGUGGUUCAACAUGCCAAUAGAAAACUCUAUCACUUGCUCGUCAUCAACUGAAUCUCUUAAUGGCUCAUCACCUAGAAAAACUCUCUUUUCAACUGUAGAGUCCAUACUGUCAAUGGACUGGAAUUCAGCUAUUGCUGAUUUGUGUCAGGUCAUGACCAAUUAUAACAAAGCUAUUCAGUAUCCAAGAAUGAUGAUGUACAAAGAAUGUUGCGAAAUUUAUGAAAAGCAAAGACAAGAAAGGGAGUUGGCUUUGAUACUAAUCUUUAACAAGAUGCAAAAGCUCUUCUCUCAAAAAAACCAAAAGUUACCAGAGCAAAGCAAAGCCUGUAAAAAUUGUCUGUCAGCCCUUGCUCAAAACUGUGUCGAUAUGACACUGACGUUUGAAGAAAUUUCAGAAAGCUUUGCACUCUUGAAAAAAUACUUUUCUGAACUAGCAAAUAAGAACCCAGCAACUCAAUGUAAAGAAUUUACCGACAAUUUGGAGAGUCUGAAAGAAAUUUUGCAAAUUCUACUCGAACAAGUGAAAAAAGGUCAACAAAAAAUCAUGACUUUGCGUCAAAUUUUGAAAACACUCUUUGUAGUGUUUGAUGACUUUUCUACACGAAAGUUGAGUGCAUUUUCACAAAGUCAAAACUCUCAAACUUCCAAUGCUUCGACCACUUCAGGCACUGCUAGUGCAGACCAUGAUGCGGAUGACCCUGCUGCUGUUUCAUCCGAAGAUUCCAACUCGUCUUACAAUGUGUUAUGCAGAGAAUAUAUUGAAACCUAUUUAUUACCGUUUGCUGCUUUGGGAUAUGUUUCUGAACUUUCAUUCAUGGUUCCGGAUGCACUCAAGUACUUUAUUAUUUACAAUUGUUCAUUGAGAGAAAAGAGAAUUCGACGAAUUUUAGCUCACAAUCAAAAAUCAGAUUCUGAUUCUAAUAGUCUCAUGGAUUCUCAAAUGAAACAAGCGAUGGAAAAGUUAUUUGCAGAGAAAAUUCCUCAAACCGACGAAACUCGAGAUGCCAUUGCACGAGCAUUUCAAUCUGAAUUACAAAGUUUAGGAAACUCUGAAAUUAUGGAUCCUGAAGUAUUAUUAUUCUGUAUUCCAGAGCCUCUACAUCGAACUUGUACAUUAUUUUCCAUGAGAUUUUUAAGUUGGGUGAAUCAACUUCCUGAAGUUGAAGGGUUUCAAUUUUGUAAACUCAUGCAUUUGCAAUAUUCACGGACCACACAACAAGAAGCAGAACAAUGGAAUCAUAUGGUUAACAUGUGUAGAAAAACACUGGAUAUUUUAGAACAAGCCACAACGUGCUUUGUUGAACAUUCACAAGAGCACAAUAUCACAACAGAUUUGAAAAUUUCAAUCACCUACGAAACGAAAUCGAGAUUGGAUUUAAUUUCGAAACAGUUUUCAGGUUAUGCAGAAAGAUUGCACUAUUACAAUAGUGAAUCAAAAAGAUUUCGAUUAUUAUAA